CGGCACUCGGCUGCUCGGCACCACUCGCCGCGGUUGCCGCCGGUGGCGCUCCGUGCCAAUCCAGGACCUUUUGCUAGGACGAGGCGGCGCGUGCGCGCGAGCGAGCGAGGGGACGGUCCGCCUGCCGUGCCAUGGCGCCGCCGUGCGGGCUGCUGCUGGCCCUGGCGGCGGCGGCGGCCGUGCUCGUGGCCGCCGGCGCGCGGGCGCAGGAGACGUGCGCGGGGGCGCCGCCGCGGCGCGGGGCGCGGGUGUCCGUGGCCAGCUUCGGCGGCGCGGGGGACGGCCGGACGCUCAACACGGGCGCGUUCGCGCGCGCCGUGGCCAGCGUCGAGAGGCUGCGCGCGCCCGGCGGGGCGGAGCUCUACGUGCCGCCCGGGGUGUGGCUCACGGGCCCCUUCAACCUCACCUCGCGCAUGACGCUCUUCCUCGCGCGCGGCGCCGUCAUCCGCGCCACGCAGGACACACCAAGCUGGCCUCUGAUCGAGCCACUGCCCUCAUACGGGAGAGGACGAGAGCUGCCUGGGGGAAGAUACAUAAGUUUAAUCCAUGGCAGUGGACUCCAGGAUGUUGUUAUCACAGGUGAAAAUGGAACUAUUGAUGGUCAAGGCAGUGUGUGGUGGGAUAUGUGGAAGAAAGGUACACUUCCCUACACAAGGCCUCACCUACUUGAGCUAAUGAGCUCUUCUGAUAUCAUCGUCUCCAACGUCACCUUCCAGGAUUCUCCCUUCUGGAACAUUCAUCCUGUUUAUUGCAGUAAUGUUGUGAUCAGAAAUGUGACUGUACUAGCUCCACAUGACUCCCCCAACACGGAUGGAAUUGAUCCAGAUUCCAGCAGCAACGUUUGCAUUGAGGAUUGCUACAUUUCCACGGGCGACGAUUCAAUUGCCAUCAAGAGCGGCUGGGAUGAGUAUGGAAUCUCCUAUGGCCACCCGAGCUCCGACAUCACUGUUCGGCGGAUCACAGGCUCCUCCCCUUUUGCUGGCUUUGCGGUCGGAAGCGAGACCUCCGGCGGUGUGCAGAAUGUCCUUGCAGAGCACCUGAACUUCUUCGGCUCAGGGUACGGGAUCCACAUCAAGACCAACACCGGCAGGGGAGGCUUCAUCAGGAAUGUCACCAUCUCCGACGUGACCCUGGACAACGUCCGGUACGGCCUGCGGAUCGCAGGUGAUGUUGGGGACCACCCUGAUGACCGUUACAACAGGAGUGCUCUCCCGGUUGUCGAUGCCCUGACGAUAAAGAAUAUCCAGGGGCAGAACAUCAAGGAGGCUGGGCUGAUCAAGGGCAUCGCCAACUCAGCCUUCUCCCGGAUCUGUCUGUCUAACGUCAAGCUCAGUGGUGGCACGCCUGUCCGGCCAUGGAAAUGUGAGGCUGUCACAGGUGGCGCGCUCGAUGUGCAACCGUCCCCGUGCACGGAACUGACUUCCACGUCCGGGACGAGCUUCUGUACAAAUUUGCUCUGAUGCUGAAGUUAGCUGCUAGUCUGCUACUACAUGCUCUCAGACGGCCAGUUCGCUCCAUAUAUUCGUCCUUUUUCAUAUGAAAGGGAUUCUAUUUUUUCAUUCCUCUAUAUAUUCUGGAAUGAAAUUUCUGGAUUUGGUUGUGAA